GGGGGAGGAGGCGGCGGGAUGGAAGCAAACGCUGGCGUCGCGCGAGCCUGCGACAGAGCGGCGCGGUAGAGAGGGCGGCGGCGGCGUGCGCGGAACCUUGACGUGCCCCUUUCUUCUCUCUCUGGAAAGCUGGGAAGCAUGAGCGUGCAGAUCUGCCGCUGCGGCGGCCGCUCCGGCUCGUCGCCUCCCCCUCUUCUGGCCGCCCCUCGCCGGUGAGAGAAGAGAACGCGAGAAAGGAAGAUGGGGGCCGUCCUGAGGAGCCUCCUGGCCUGCAGUUUCUGUGUGCUCCUGAGAGCGGCCCCUUUGUUGCUUUAUGCAAACAGACGGGACUUGCGAUUGGUUGAUGCUACAAAUGGCAAAGAGAAUGCUACGAUUGUAGUUGGAGGCUUGGAGGAUGCAGCCGCGGUGGACUUUGUGUUUGGUCAUGGCUUGAUAUACUGGAGUGAUGUAAGCGAAGAAGCCAUUAAGCGAACAGAGUUUAACAAAACUGAGAGUGUACAGAAUGUUGUUGUCUCCGGAUUAUUAUCCCCUGAUGGGCUGGCAUGCGAUUGGCUUGGAGAAAAAUUGUACUGGACAGAUUCUGAAACUAAUCGGAUUGAAGUUUCUAAUUUAGAUGGAUCUUUACGAAAAGUUUUAUUUUGGCAAGAGUUGGAUCAACCUAGAGCUAUUGCCUUAGAUCCUUCAAGUGGGUUCAUGUACUGGACAGACUGGGGAGAAGUGCCAAAGAUAGAACGUGCUGGAAUGGAUGGUUCAAGCCGCUUCGUUAUAAUAAACACUGAAAUUUACUGGCCAAAUGGACUAACUUUAGAUUACGAGGAACGGAAGCUUUAUUGGGCAGAUGCAAAACUUAAUUUCAUCCAUAAAUCAAAUCUGGAUGGAACAAAUCGGCAGGCAGUGGUUAAAGGUUCCCUUCCACAUCCUUUUGCCUUGACGUUGUUUGAGGACACAUUGUACUGGACUGACUGGAAUACACACUCCAUUUUGGCUUGCAACAAGUACACUGGCAAGGGCCUGCGUGAAAUCCAUUCUAACAUCUUCUCUCCCAUGGAUAUACAUGCCUUCAGCCAACAGAGGCAGCCAAAUGCUACAAAUCCAUGUGGAAUUGAUAACGGUGGUUGUUCCCACUUGUGUUUGAUGUCUCCAGUCAAGCCUUUUUAUCAGUGUGCUUGUCCAACUGGGGUCAAACUCCUGGAGAAUGGAAAAACCUGCAAAGAUGGUGCCACUGAAUUACUGCUUUUAGCCAGAAGGACAGACUUGAGACGCAUUUCUUUGGAUACACCAGAUUUUACAGACAUCGUUCUGCAGUUAGAAGACAUCCGUCAUGCCAUUGCCAUAGAUUAUGAUCCUGUGGAAGGCUAUAUCUAUUGGACCGAUGAUGAAGUGAGGGCCAUACGCCGCUCUUUCAUAGAUGGAUCAGGCAGUCAGUUUGUGGUCACUGCCCAAAUUGCGCAUCCUGAUGGUAUUGCUGUAGACUGGGUUGCACGAAAUCUUUAUUGGACAGACACUGGCACUGAUCGGAUAGAAGUAACAAGGCUCAAUGGGACCAUGAGGAAGAUCUUGAUUUCAGAAGACUUAGAGGAACCCCGGGCUAUUGUGUUAGAUCCCAUGGUUGGGUACAUGUACUGGACUGACUGGGGAGAAAUCCCGAAAAUUGAGCGAGCAGCUCUGGAUGGUUCUGACCGAGUCGUGUUGGUUAACACUUCUCUUGGUUGGCCAAAUGGUUUAGCCUUGGAUUAUGAUGAAGGCAAAAUAUACUGGGGAGAUGCCAAAACAGAUAAAAUUGAGGUUAUGAAUACUGAUGGCACUGGAAGACGAGUACUUGUGGAAGACAAAAUUCCUCACAUAUUUGGGUUUACUUUGUUGGGUGACUUUGUUUACUGGACUGACUGGCAGAGACGGAGCAUCGAAAGAGUACACAAACGAAGUGCUGAGAGGGAAAUCAUCAUAGAUCAGCUGCCUGACCUCAUGGGCCUAAAGGCCACAAACGUUCAUCGAAUCAUCGGUUCCAAUCCCUGUGCUGAGGAAAAUGGGGGAUGUAGUCAUCUUUGCCUCUAUAGACCCCAGGGCCUACGCUGUGCCUGCCCCAUUGGUUUUGAACUCAUCAGUGACAUGAAGACCUGUAUUGUCCCAGAGGCUUUCCUUUUGUUUUCACGGAGAGCAGAUAUCAGGCGAAUUUCUUUGGAAACUAACAACAAUAAUGUGGCCAUUCCUCUCACUGGUGUCAAAGAAGCUUCCGCUUUGGAUUUUGAUGUGACAGACAACCGAAUUUACUGGACUGAUAUAUCACUCAAGACCAUCAGCAGAGCCUUUAUGAAUGGCAGUGCACUGGAACAUGUGGUAGAAUUCGGCUUAGAUUAUCCAGAAGGCAUGGCAGUAGACUGGCUUGGGAAGAACUUGUACUGGGCAGACACGGGAACAAAUAGAAUUGAGGUGUCAAAGUUGGAUGGGCAGCACCGACAAGUUUUGGUGUGGAAAGACCUAGAUAGUCCCAGAGCUCUUGCAUUGGACCCUGCUGAAGGAUUUAUGUAUUGGACUGAAUGGGGUGGAAAACCUAAGAUAGACAGAGCUGCUAUGGAUGGAAGUGAACGUACUACAUUAGUUCCAAAUGUGGGGCGGGCAAACGGCCUAACUAUUGAUUAUGCUAAAAGAAGGCUUUAUUGGACAGACCUGGAUACCAACUUAAUAGAAUCUUCAAAUAUGCUUGGACUCAACCGUGAAGUUAUAGCAGAUGAUUUGCCUCAUCCAUUUGGCUUAACUCAAUACCAGGAUUACAUCUACUGGACGGACUGGAGCCGACGCAGCAUUGAGCGUGCCAACAAAACCAGUGGCCAAAACCGCACCAUCAUUCAGGGCCAUUUGGACUAUGUGAUGGACAUCCUGGUCUUUCACUCCUCUCGGCAGGCAGGAUGGAAUGAGUGUGCCUCCAGCAAUGGGCACUGCUCCCAUCUCUGCUUGGCUGUACCAGUUGGAGGUUUUGUUUGUGGAUGCCCAGCCCACUACUCUCUUAAUACUGACAACAGAACUUGUAGUGCUCCUACCACUUUCCUGCUCUUCAGUCAAAAGAGUGCCAUCAACCGGAUGGUGAUUGAUGAACAACAGAGCCCUGACAUCAUCCUUCCUAUCCAUAGCCUUCGGAAUGUCCGGGCCAUCGACUAUGACCCGCUGGACAAGCAACUCUAUUGGAUUGACUCACGACAAAACAUGAUUCGAAAGGCCCAAGAAGAUGGCAGCCAGAGCUUUACUGUGGUUGUGAGCUCAGUUCCCAAUCAGAACCUAGAAAUACAGCCCUAUGACCUCAGCAUUGAUAUUUAUAGCCGCUACAUCUACUGGACUUGUGAGGCCACUAAUGUCAUUAAUGUCACAAGAUUAGAUGGUCGAUCCAUUGGAGUGGUGCUGAAAGGAGAGCAAGACAGACCUCGAGCCAUUGUGGUAAACCCAGAGAAAGGGUAUAUGUAUUUUACCAACCUUCAGGAAAGGUCUCCCAAAAUUGAACGAGCUGCUUUGGAUGGAACAGAACGGGAGGUCCUCUUUUUCAGUGGCUUAAGUAAACCAAUUGCUUUAGCCCUUGAUAGCAGAUUGGGCAAGCUCUUUUGGGCUGAUUCAGAUCUCCGGCGAAUCGAAAGCAGCGAUCUCUCAGGUGCCAACCGGAUAGUACUGGAAGACUCUAAUAUCUUGCAGCCUGUGGGACUGACUGUAUUUGAAAAUUGGCUAUAUUGGAUUGAUAAGCAACAGCAAAUGAUUGAAAAAAUUGACAUGAUGGGUCGAGAGGGUAGAACCAAAGUCCAGGCUCGCAUUGCCCAGCUUAGUGACAUUCAUGCAGUAAAGGAGCUGAAUCUUCACGAAUACAGGCAGCAUCCUUGUGCUCAGGAUAAUGGUGGCUGUUCACAUAUUUGCCUUGUGAAAGGGGAUGGUACUACAAGGUGCUCUUGUCCCAUGCACCUGGUUCUGCUUCAAGAUGAGCUAUCAUGUGGAGAACCUCCGACAUGCUCUCCUCAGCAAUUUACUUGUUUCACGGGGGAAAUUGACUGUAUCCCUGUGGCUUGGCGGUGUGAUGGUUUUACUGAAUGUGAAGACCACAGUGAUGAGCUCAAUUGUCCUGUCUGCUCUGAGUCUCAGUUCCAGUGUGCCAGUGGGCAGUGUAUUGAUGGUGCCCUCCGAUGCAAUGGAGAUGCAAACUGCCAGGAUAAAUCAGAUGAGAAGAACUGUGAAGUGCUUUGUUUAAUUGAUCAGUUCCGUUGUGCCAAUGGUCAGUGCAUUGGAAAACACAAGAAAUGUGAUCAUAAUGUGGAUUGCAGUGACAAAUCAGAUGAACUGGAUUGUUAUCCAACUGAGGAGCCAGCACCACAGGCCACCAAUACAGUUGGAUCGGUUAUUGGAGUGAUUGUCACCAUUUUUGUGUCUGGAACGGUAUACUUCAUUUGCCAGAGGAUGCUGUGUCCACGUAUGAAGGGAGAUGGGGAAACCAUGACUAAUGACUAUGUAGUUCAUGGACCAGCUUCUGUGCCGCUUGGUUAUGUGCCACACCCAAGCUCUUUGUCAGGAUCUCUUCCAGGAAUGUCUCGAGGAAAAUCAAUGAUCAGCUCCCUCAGUAUCAUGGGUGGAAGCAGUGGACCCCCCUAUGACCGAGCUCAUGUCACAGGAGCAUCCUCAAGUAGUUCUUCAAGCACCAAGGGCACUUACUUCCCUGCAAUUUUGAACCCUCCACCAUCCCCAGCCACAGAGCGAUCCCAUUAUACAAUGGAAUUUGGUUAUUCUUCAAACAGCCCUUCCACUCACAGGUCAUACAGCUACAGGCCAUACAGUUACCGGCACUUUGCACCUCCCACGACCCCAUGCAGCACAGAUGUUUGUGACAGUGACUAUGCUCCCAGCCGGAGAAUGACGUCGAUGGCAACAGCCAAGGGUUACACUAGUGACUUGAACUAUGACUCAGAGCCUGUGCCCCCACCUCCCACACCUCGAAGCCAAUACUUGUCAGCAGAAGAGAACUAUGAAAGCUGCCCACCUUCUCCAUACACAGAGAGGAGCUACUCUCAUCACCUCUACCCACCGCCACCCUCUCCCUGUACAGACUCCUCCUGAGGAGGGGCCCUCCUCCUCUGACUGCCUCCAAAGCAAAACUGUAAAUACAAAUUUGGUUGAGAUCUGGAGGGGGGGAGGGAGCUACUAUAGAAGGGUGAGGCAGACCAUGUACAGUUAAAAAUUAUAAAAUGGGGUAGGGAAUACUGGAGAUAUUUGUACAGAAGAAAAUCAUAUUUAUAUAUUUUCUUAAAACAGCACAUUUGCUGCUUGUGCCAUAAAAAUUUGUAUAAAAAAAAAAUUUGUACUAAAAGUUUUAUUUUUGCAAACUAAAUACACAAAGCAUGCCUUAAACCCAGUGAAGUGACUGAGUACAAAGGAAACAGGAAUAAUAAAGGCGUCACUGACUAGGAAUGCCUGGGCUUUAUUGAUACCAAAAAGAAGAUUAAGUCCAUCUCAGAGCAGCAAACCAUAGGUAGCCAAAUAAACUUCAUGUUAUUUUGGAGGCCAAGUUUAAGAAGUCAUGGAAGAAAAAAAGGAGUUAACCUUGGACAGAGAGCUUUGUUUUCUCUAGGAAUCCAACAAUUUAAGUCAGGAAGAUAGAAAUAUAUUUAUAAAAAUCCAUCCUGAGUGUUGCCGUUGUAGGAGAGGUCAGCUGUCUGGUAAGGUACUCUGGGGCUGGUUUGUGAGAGUGUUCUAUCCCUACCUUAGAACCCACACCUCUGUCAAAAAUUAAUUUCCUCUCUAGAUUUUUUUUCUCCUUGAUGCCUCCCCCAGCAGCUUUGUAGGGAUUUUAACCAAGAUAUUAUAAUUCAUUCAAAUUUUUCAUCUGAGGAGUUGUUUAAAUGGAAUUUUCUCAAUUAAGGUUUAAUUUUAAUGUUUCUACUAGCUCCACUUACCAAUAGGCUUAGCUCCUCAAUUUGACUGCUGUUGUUCCAUAAUGAUCAAAAGUUAGAUGUAUUAUUGCUCCUCUUUACUUCUAAGAUUGUUUUAAUUCAUGCUCGUUAAAAUGUCUUAUCACAACAUAUAGACAGUGUGUAAGAAUUACAGAUUUAACUCUUAUUGUUUUUGUUGUAAAUUAAUCAUAUAUCCUUGCAGUACUUUCAGCAUAUAAUAUCACCAUAUAAAAUCAUUUCUAUGUGUAUUUUUCCUAGUAAAACAUUUAAAUAUGUUCUGGUUAGAGACAAUCUAUUUAAAAGGAGAACCUUUAAAUUUUGUUAUCAUUAGAAGGUUUCUCUUUCUGUAUUAACUGUUUGUGCCAUUUUUAUGUUCUUUAAGCCAGUUUUUCUCAGAAUGAUGUCUACAUACAUACCUCUUCUAAUGUGUGACAUGAAUUUAGUAUCUUCUUGUUACCCACUGUGAAUGUUAGAUUAUUUUCAAAUUAUCCUGAAACUGUUCUCAUAAUCACCUCUUAUAUAUUUUUGUAUGUGUUCUCUCCUAUCCCAUUGUGGAUUAAGACGAUUUAACAAAUUUUAAAAUGUGGAUUAAUUGAGAAGGCAAACUAUUGACCUCUCAGUUGUCAGAACUUGGGUGGACGGGAAUAAUGGAGAUCUCUUAUGUAACCUGUCUUGUACGGUACUGGGGCUGCUACAUCUUCAGCUGUGAGGGCUGACCUGACCUGUGGAGUGAUUCUAGCACUGCUCUGCCACCUUGCCAGAAGUUCGGUUUCCUGCUUUUUAUAUGUUUUCAGCAUUUUCCUGCUAAAAAUGAGUGUGUUUUUAAACUAUUGUGUUUUUUACCUUAAUAGCUAUUGGUCGUUUAGUUAUCAAAUGAUUUAUUUCAUUGUUCUGUCUUGCUGAGGCCUCUCUGGGUUUCAGGGCCUAAGAGAAAACAAAAGAAGAAAGGGUUCAGAAUUUUGGCAGGGAGAAAGUAAUGUGGUUCCAGAAUAACGCUUACACAUUGUUGGGGACAGCUCAUGUGAGUCAGGUGAACUUGGGUUUGCAUAUAAAUGAAUGGUAGUCCAUCAGUGUCUUGCAUUUCAGUCAGAGAAGCAUGAACUCUUCCUGCUUGUGGAAGGAAGUACUCAAAGUCUAAGAUCGCGUGGACAUUGAGCCUGCAUUCUGUGACACAUGGGUGCACUGAUGCUUAAAUGAAGAUGGAAAGGUUAGCAAUAACUGGGUAUCAAUUAGAAUUUGAGAAUUCUAUAUGUUUACAUUUUUUUUAAUGUACAUCUUUAUCUGGUGGGCUUCCCAUAAGGAAACUUGCACUAUAAUGAACUAAGAAGAAUAUUGCCGUGUUAUAUCUCAGUCCAAGUGCUUGUACUGCGAUGGCAAUGGCCUCUUCUUGCAAAAUACUAAUUUGUGUGCCAACAUGUUUGAAAUUAUUUGAAGGCAAUUCAGCUUAAUCUCAGUAUCCUCUUUCAGGAGUAGUUGAGUUAAAUCCUUAAUAUUUUGGGGAGUACUUUACAAGAGAAUUGUCAAAUCCAGGAAAGAUUCAUUGGCCCUCUGGUCACAUGGACAGUUAAGCCUAAGUAAAUGGCAUUUUGAUUAUCAAAUACAAAAGCUUUGAUUGGAAAGACUGAGGAGAGGAAAUAAACACACAAGAGCACAAACCAGGGAAAGAAUGGAAAAGGCUUCUUUAGUUUGGUAUAUUGCUAGAUUUCUUUAUUCAAGGGGAAAAAUAAAUGAAAUUUCAUUAGAUUCCUUAAAUACAAAAGGAUUUAUUUUGAAUAUGUGUCUUAAAAGAUGCCUACACUGGUGUGAUUAAAACGAUCUGAGAAAUGAACUGUAGUAUAGCAUACUUUCAGUUCUGCAUUGAAGUAGUCUUUUUAUAACUAAGGUUUUCAGACUUGGCUCCUCCACUGGUCCAAAGAGUUAAAAAAAAAAAAAAAAAGUGUUAUGCUGCUUAAAUCAGAUAAUGGCAAAUUCACAGAAAUAAAACUGAGUUAAUGGAUAGAAUUUUCUCACCAUCAGGUUUUUCUUCCAUGAAAUUUUGUUACACCUUUGGCACUUGCUGCCACUCUUCUGUACUAGCAUAUCAUGAGACAUUGAUUUAGCUGAAAAUUAUAGUUAUUUUAAUUUUAGUAUACUUUGUGAUAUACCACCAAGAGAAAUCAGACCCUAUUCUAGAGAGACAAUUUAUAUGUAGACAUGAAGACUUUAAUAUACAUUUCCAUUAAUAUAGACCAAUAAUUUGGGGGCCUUUGGACAGUAAAAUUUUAAGAAGAUUGAGGAUUGUUUUCAGUGAUCAUUUAAAAAUACCCUAAAAUCAAUAACUGUGUAAGGUCAACUCAGAUGAUAUUAAGAUGCAGAAAUACCUAUCAUCAAUUUUAGGUUCUAAAACUAGCAAUCAACAUGCAAUUCUCUGGCAUACAAAUUAAUGUAAGAAAUUACAAUUUGUAUUACAAUACAAAUCCACUGUAAGAAAUUAAACAAUUUAAAAAGCUGCAUUUCAAAGAAUCUAAUAUGGACACAGGACCAGAAAGGAAAACAGUGUCCAAUCCGCUGCAGAGAAGCAGGCAAGCCUCUAGUACCAGAAAUAAAUAGCCUCAAAUACACCCUGCUUUUGAUAAGGGAAGUGCUGAAGGCUAUGUGAUGGCAUACCAAGCCUGUCUGGAGUGUGCAUAUGAGUAUGUAAAUAGCGGUUGGUAGAUAAAUAGUUGAGCAUACAGAAAUGACUGUACACUAAGUGUAGACAUGAACUGAGUCCUAAAGAAGUUUAUAAUCAAGCAUUGUUUAAAGCAUACUAUCAGGCUUCUUAAACUCAAGAAGAAAUUUAAUUUUACUUGGCACUUCUUUCCUUAUCCCAUGCUUAGAGUGAGCCAAGAGAAAUAAGAGAUGAUUUUAGAAAAGCACUGUGUGGUUUUUGACUUCUGGGAUGGCAUCAUUUCAUAAUAGUCUAAAAUUUUUUAGCUUUUGAAAAAUUUUAGAAUAGAGGAUUCUGAACCUGAAGCAUAAAUUUAUAGAAAAUUGAGCAUUGUGAGACCAUAUCCUCAGGUUGUUUCUGUAUGACUUGAUUCUGCAUCUCGUUAAACAAGCCUGUACCUUAGUGGAGCAGGAAGUAGCAUUUGCAGCUUCGGUCAAGGUUGAUCUAAAUGACUUAGAAAUAAAUCACUGAUUCUACCCUCAAUCCAGGUAAACUUUACUGUGUUUAAGUAAAGGCAAAAUCUCUAAGCCAGUCUUACAUUUAUUGAUUGAAAAAAACCAUAUGAUUUUACAGAUAGAAUUAGGAACCAAGUGAUUCCGUGUACUCAGAAGUGAAAUGUAGACCUAACAUACACGUACACCAGCCUUUAGAUUUCCCGCCAUCGCGCAGGGUUUGUCCAGAGGUAAACACCAAAGAGUUACAGACAGCGUGCUUUUGCUUAAGUGUCCAUUUCUGUGCUUUUUGUUUGGUUUUUUUAAAGUAAAUAUAAGCAGAAGGGGUGGGACACACACACACACACACGCACACACACGCACACACACGCACACACACACACACACACAGUAAUGCCUACAUAUGGGCCUUAAAGGGAAAUUUCUGAUUAAACCCAGUGUUACAUGACGUGAAGGUGUCUCGGUCUAGGAAGGAGCAUUUACAGAGGGCGAAGAGGAUGCCAUGGAGUUUAAGCUGGACUAACCUUGUUGGCAAGUGAAGGAUCAGGUGCUGCUUUCAGAUGUUUAUCCUUUUGUGUUUUAAUUUUUUUUCUUAAGCUUUAAUCUUCGUCGUCGUCUUAAAGUCAGCUGGUGUUUCUUGUUCAUCGACUUUGGUACGAUGGUGCUUCGCAAGGAUGUAUUUAUAUUAUAAUGGCCAACAUUUGGUCAGCCCUUGUCCACUCUUCACUUCCCUCUUUUUGUAAAAUAAGUGCUUUAAUUGUAAACUGUAUAAAAAUACCUUGUAUAAAUCCCCGUUUUGAUUAUACAAUAAGCUGAAUUGUAACAAAUGAAAUGUUGAUUUUUGUAAUAAAACAGUGGAAAAAUAAAAGUGUCCUUUACUUUCAGCAGGAAAUGAAAACAGUAGCUGGUUGUGUUUUGCCGUGGUACAAGUAAGACUAUUAUGAUUCAGACAAAACAAAAGCCACCUUACAUUUGCAUUUCAAAUGAAAUACUACUGCCUGGAAGAGACAUUCGGGAAGUCCUUAGUUGCGAGGAAGUUGCUUACUUCUCUGUUGGCAAUACCUGUGACUGGGACGGAGAAUAAGGAAAACAGUUCGUGGUUUAGGACUGCUCUUGUUUUCCGUAAACUGGAGGGGGUCCUGAUGUGUACUCUCAAGUGCCAUCUCCCCCACCUCAGUCCCUCAGAUUAGCUUACAAAAUGAACAUGCUUUUCCUGGUGCAGAGCCCAAUAUGAUGUGAUGAUCCGGUAAAACCAAUGAGAACUCAAAAUUACCGAAUCCUUGCUUGAGUCUGUUGUAGGGAAAAAGCAUCACAAAGUUUAGUAAAGCAAAAAGAGAGUUCUAUUCAGCAUAUAUUCAAAAAGGCAAAAGUGGGAAGCAAACAAGCACGCUGCCAGAGCCAUGUAUGCCCGAGUCCAAGAAAAUAUUACAGGACAGACUAAAGUGAGAAGAUAGACAAGCAUGCUGCUAAAGCCAUGUCUGUCCAAGUCCAAAAAACAUUACAGAAUAGGCAAGAGUGGGAAAACAGACAAGCAUGCAGCUAGAGCCAUGU